AUGUCACCCACAAACCCCCAGCUGGCCCUCAUGGACGUGGAAGGGAUGACGGGCAUGACCGCUCCCAGGGCGUUCGUCGAACAUUGCGGACGGACCCCGUUUUCGUUCGAGUACAGACCGAAUUUCAGUGCGCAGGUCAAUCGAGCCAAGGGCAUAUUAACAGUCAAGCACGGUGAACUUACCUUUUCUCUGGAGAAUUGUGCAAAAAACAGUUUCGUUUCUUUACGGCACCCCACGGUGCCUUUUAACAUGCCAAAGAACAAGAACUUUCUUAAGGCUUUUGACGAUGCACGGGCGACCUUUCGAACUGAGUGGAUGGCACUGGAAGAAAGCAAGUCAAUACUGUAUCAGCAGUAUGAAAUAGCAAGGACAUAA